UUCACAGGGCUAUAUCCAUGCGCAGAUUCUCGCGUCACACCUUCCACUCGGAAUCGAACGCAAUCCCCCUAUAAAUACGAGUCCUCUACCCCCUUUUCCCUCAACUCCUACCGCGCUACAAAAAGUCAAAUCCCCCUUCCAAGCUAAUAAUAAGCAAGAGAGCAAAUUAAAUGAUGUCGACCAAGUCCUCCCUCCUCGCUCUCCUCGCCCUUCUCUUUCUCGUUGCCUCCUCUCUCGCCGCUGAUCCCGACAUGCUCCAAGAUCUUUGCGUUGCCGAUCUGAACUCCACUGUGAAGGUGAACGGAUUUGCAUGCAAAGCCAACGUGAGCGAGGGCGACUUCUUCUUCAAGGGACUGGCCACCCCGGGGGCCACCAACAAUACUCUGGGAUCCCUGGUGACGGGGGCCAACGUGGAGAAAAUCCCGGGGCUCAACACCCUGGGCGUCUCCAUGGCCCGCAUCGACUACGCCCCCGGCGGGCUCAACCCUCCCCACACCCACCCCCGCGCCACCGAGAUAAUCUUCGUCCUCUACGGCACCCUCGACGUCGGCUUCAUCACCACCGCCAACAAGCUCAUCACCAAGAACAUCACCAUGGGCGAGGUCUUCGUCUUCCCCCGGGGGCUCGUACACUUCCAGAAGAACAACGGCCAUGUCCCAGCCGCCGUCAUCGCCGCCUUCAACAGCCAGCUCCCAGGGGUCCAAGCCAUUGCCGCCACCCUCUUCACUGCCUCUCCGCCGGUGCCCGAUGUUGUGCUUGCCCAGGCUUUCCAGAUCAGCACCGAGGAGGUGGAGAAGAUCAAGGCUGGCCUAGCUCCAAAAAAUUGAUAUUAAACAUAUAUUAGACAUGAGCUUAUGGAUACAUGAGCUUAUGGAUUUCCCAUUUGGUUUGUCGUGACAAGUUUCAGACUUCAAACUUCCGAAUUGUUGUGUUCCUAACUCAUGAUUUAUCAUUUCUUUGGUGUCGUUCUGUAACGUUGCUUUCUUUGGUGUUGUUCUGUAAUGUUGCCUUGUUUCAGAGAGGAUGACGGAAUAAUAAUUAAAAUAAUAGGUCUCUCUCUCUCUCUCU